AUGUGUGCGUCUGUGUACGCGGAUGAGGUGUGCGUCGAUCGCGGAGGGCUGCGAUGUGAAGAGUGGAUGACUGCAUUACUCCGACUCGUCCGUCGCUCGCCAUCUGUUUCUGCUGCAAUUGGCGGCGGUGCCGGCAGCAGCAGCAGCAAACAACUGCGUCGUCGAUGGAUCGACGACGAGGUCGCACCCGGUUUGCGAUGCUGCGACGAGAUGAUCGGCCGCCACCACCACCGCCGCCGCUGGUCGGCCGGCGCUCAUCAUCGUCAUCAUCGUUCGACUCGUCACAGAAUCAGAUUUGCAUGCGAUAGGAGCGGAUUGCAGCCGUUGUGCUGUGCUGUGUUGUGCGAAGCCGGCACUCAACAACCAGUAACUGACUGCUGCGUAGGCGGCGUUGUGGAAGAAGAGAAACGAGCGCAUGGCGAAGAGGCUUGCUUCGCCGAUGAGAUAAUGUUAAAGCAACCUGUCCAAUGA